AUGAAAACAAGUCACAAAAUUGUGUAAAGCAAUCAAUAGAAAUACAAAGCAAAUAUUUAAGAAUCUACCGAAAAUGUCUUUUGUUUAAAAAUGAGAUUUGAUUCAUUUAUUUCGACCACUGCCACAUGUAAUGGCCAAAGACAUUGUUUACCAGCAUUUCAUUUCCACACUGGGUCGAAGAGUUAUUAAAAGAAGACAUGCGUUCAAACUUCUAAGAGUUAUGAAAACUACGCAUUUGGUACACCGAAACAUUUAAACAACGUUGAACCAUGAUUUCGGAAGGGCCUGGGCAAUUGCAUUUGAGCGUGGCACCGAUGACGUCGUCCUCGGUCAUGAUCAGAGAUAAACGAACGCUAAGGUUGGCCACGACGGGCCAGUUGUAUAUUUGACCGGUACUGAUGACGUGCAACAAAAAACGCUUCUGAAAUCUUUAGAAGAAGUCAUUUUACCGUCGAUAAAAAUAUGCAACAAAAUUGUUUAUAAAGCAAUCAAUAAAAAUGUGAAGAAGAAAACGAAAUAUUUACAGAAAGAAAAAAAAACGUCGUUUUAUUUUGACUGUGCGUAUUAAUUUAUUCGGAGAACUUUCACAGAUAAUGGGUAAACAUAUACAAAUUGCUUGGUAAUUAAAAUCGUUGCUUCAUAAGCAUGAUUCAUCAUUAUACAAAAAUAAGUUUCUUGUCAUAUAAAAUAUGCAUAAGUACGUUGAAACGCAAUAACGAUAAUAGCAUUUGCCCAGAAAAAAAUAUAUCCAACAUUUGACAUUCAUUGAUUUCCGAGCAUUUCAUAACCACGUAAUUCGAUUUCAAAUGCCCCACCAAGAAUGCCGCGUAUCGUUGUUAAUGCACAACACCACUCAUGUCUGCAGUGCCGAUGCCGCACAUUUCAAUCGGGCAAUCCGUGUACCAAAGUCAUAGUUGACAACAAAACCGUGCGAUUUGUAUUUGGGAAAUACGAAAGCCCAAACGUUUACGUUCAUGUUUUCAAAAUGUUCAUGACGUGUCAUGUGUCAAAAUUCCGAAGACUUGAUGUACUCUGCUGUAUAGAAAAAUUCUGUGUCUUUAAUUCGUAGUACAAAAAGAGCGUAGCAAUUCUGGUGUGACAAAAAAAGGGUGUUUGAAUUAAAAGACAUUUAAUGUGAAAUAGUGCACGCAAAACAAAAACUGAAGCCAAUCGAGUGUAUUUUUUAGUUCUUCAUCCAUCCAGUAUAUUUUUGUGUUUGUAGACAGUUUUGUUCAUUCGGUAAAUCAGACAAAAAAACCUGUGAGAGAUAAAAAAAGAGACACACGACUAGUGAAUCGUGAAAGGCGACUUGUUAAUUUUUCUUUUGUCAACAAAACACGAAACAAUUCAUACAAAAUGCCGCUUCGGUUGGAUAUCAAACGACGUUUGACGUCUCGUUCAGAUCGAGUGAAAUGUGUUGACUUGCAUCCGACAGAACCAUGGAUGUUGUGUGCUUUGUACAAUGGCCAUGUUCAUGUCAUGAAUUAUGAAAACCAACAGUUGUUCAAAGAUUUUGAGGUGUGUGAUUUGCCCGUCAGAUGUGCAAGAUUCAUUGCCAGAAAAAAUUGGGUAGUCACUGGAUCCGAUGACAUGCAAAUUCGUGUCUUCAACUACAAUACAUUGGAAAAGGUUCAUUCGUUUGAAGCACAUUCGGACUAUGUGCGUUGUAUUGCGGUGCAUCCAACGCAACCACUGAUUCUCACCAGUAGUGAUGACAUGUUGAUCAAAUUAUGGAACUGGGAGAAAAUGUGGGCCAAUCAACGCGUAUUCGAAGGACAUUCACAUUAUGUUAUGCAAAUCGUGUUUAAUCCGAAAGAUAAUAAUACAUUUGCUAGUGCAUCGUUGGAUCGUACGGUGAAGGUGUGGCAACUAGGAUCAAAUGUUGCAAAUUUCACACUUGACGGCCAUGACAAAGGAGUGAACUGCGUUGAUUAUUAUCAUGGUGGCGAUAAACCGUAUUUGAUUUCCGGUGCUGAUGAUCGAUUGGUCAAAAUCUGGGAUUAUCAAAAUAAGACAUGCGUUCAAACGCUCGAAGGUCAUGCACAGAACAUUUCAGCCGUUUCAUUCCAUCCCGAAUUGCCGAUUGUAUUGACCGGCUCAGAAGAUGGCACCGUUCGUAUUUGGCAUUCGGGCACAUAUCGACUGGAAACAUCAUUGAACUAUGGCUUCGAACGAGUGUGGACGAUUGCAUGUAUGCGUGGCACCAACAAUGUGGCUCUCGGUUACGAUGAAGGAUCGAUCAUCAUCAAGGUUGGUCGCGAAGAGCCAGCUAUGUCGAUGGAUGUGAAUGGUGGCAAAAUCAUUUGGGCCAAACAUUCCGAAAUGCAACAAGUCAAUUUGAAAGCCAUUCCGGAAGGCACCGAAAUUAAGGAUGGCGAACGAUUGGCCGUUGCCGCAAAAGAUAUGGGCGCAUGCGAAAUUUAUCCACAAACCAUUGCACAUAAUCCAAACGGACGGUUUGUGGUGGUGUGCGGCGACGGUGAAUACAUCAUUUACACAUCAAUGGCAUUGCGGAACAAAGCAUUCGGAUCGGCUCAAGAGUUUGUAUGGGCGCUGGAGAGCAGCGAGUAUGCGAUACGCGAAACAUCCGGCACGGUCAAACUAUUCCGCAACUUCAAAGAACGCAAAUCAUUCACACCAGACUAUGGAGCUGAGGGCAUUUUCGGCGGUUAUUUGUUGGGUGUGAAAACAUCGGCCGGUCUUUCAUUCUACGACUGGGAAUCGCUCGAUUUGAUCCGAAGAAUCGAAGUUCAACCGAAAAAUGUCUUUUGGAAUGAAACAGGAAACUUGGUUUGUUUGGCCACGGACGAUUGCUAUUUCAUCCUUCAAGUUGACACUGGCGCAAUCACAGCUGCAAUCGAAGCCAAGCAAGGUCUCGGUGAAGAUGGUCUCGAAGAAGCAUUUGAUGUUCUCGGAGAAGUGCCAGAACAAGUGAAAACUGGUUUGUGGGUAGGCGACUGCUUCAUCUAUACGAAUUCAGUGAAUCGAAUCAAUUAUUAUGUCGGCGGUGAGAUUGUGACAGUAUCUCAUUUGGAUAGAACAAUGUAUUUGUUAGGCUACGUAUCAAAAGAUAAUCGUUUGUAUUUGGGUGACAAAGAAUUGAAUGUAACCAGCUUUUCAUUGUUGCUGUCAGUAUUAGAGUACCAAACGGCCGUAAUGCGAAGAGAUUUUGAAACGGCCGAUCGUGUGUUGCCGACAAUACCAAAAGAGCAUCGAACUCGUGUCGCUCACUUCCUCGAGAAACAAGGUUUCAAAGAGCAGGCAUUACAAGUAUCGACCGACAGUGAGCAUCGUUUUGAUUUGGCACUGCAAAUUGGCGAUCUAAAAACGGCCAUCGAAUUGGCACGUGAAACGGAAAAUCCACAGAAAUGGUCGCAACUCGCCGAAGUGGCAACGAAACAAAAUAAAUUCGAUUUGGUGAAAGAGUGUUUGGAGCGCGCCAAUGACUUUGGCGGUUUAUUGUUGUUGGCCACCAGUUCGGGUGACGAGAGCAUGGUGCGUAAUCUUGGUGAAUUGGGUGCAUCGCAGGGAAAACACAACAUCUCAUUUUUGUCAAUGUUCCUGUUGGGUGAUUUGGAUAAAUGUCUAGAAAUUUUAAUAAAUACAAAUCGUUUGCCAGAGGCGGCAUUCUUUGCGCGCACGUACAUUCCAAGCAAAAUUUCCUAUGUGGUUGGGCUGUGGCGAAAUGAAUUAGCAAAAAUCAAUGAAAAAGCUGGUCAAAGUCUUGCCGAUCCAGAGCAAUAUGAGAAUUUAUUCCCCGGUCUGAACGAUGCCCUGAAAACGGAACAGUUCUUGCUAUCACAAAAUCGAGUAUUGCCAGCAAAAGCAGCACCACAAGUGCCGUUGAACAUUGAACGGCGAGCAUUGGAUGAAAUGCAAGAGGCCGAAGAACAUGGUCAAUUUGAAUACGAUCCACAUUUGAAGCUGUCGGCGAGUGCAGCCACCGCCAACGAAGAUGGAAUCGUACCAAUUGUACAGCAACAAAACUUCUCAAAACCUUCAACAGAUACAACACCACCACCAGCAGCGACGAAACCCACUUCCGAACCAAAUAUAGCCGCGCAACAGCCCGAUUCAACCGCCACGGAAAAACGAUCGUCACCACCAAUCAAACGGAAAAACUCACUCGACGAAUUCGAACUGGAAAUCGAGGGCAUUCAAUUAGAUGAUAAUGUAGAUACUUCCGAUAUAAAUGAUGAUGACUUGUUAAGCGAGUGAUAUGGAUCGCAUAGCUACAGUGCCCACACAUCGUGAGAAUUCAUUUGAAAUUUACACAUAUAUAAACUAUUGAGAAGAAGAAACAGAAAACAAAAUAAAGGAAUCGAUUUUUCUAGUUCCAAUCAAUCAUUUCAAAUGUUAUGUUCAAUAUAUUAUUAUUAGAUGUUUACAUUUAAUAAAAGGCCGAAAUUUCUCAUUA